AGAAGCAUAUUGAACGCCAUUGGGCGAAAUUGUUAGCUAUUCGUGGACAAUAUAUAGGAAUCCAACAACCAAACUGAUGUACCAUUAUAAUGUGAUGCUCUAAUGACUCAAGCAGAAUUAUAGUUAUAGAUGAGGAAGGGACUGAGAUUUGCAGAAAAGAGAAAGGGAGCCUAUAUAGAUUGACCCUUAACAAACUCCUACAAACAAGGAAAAUAACGAUGGGAUAUACAGCUCUAAUCAGGCAACAGGAAGCAACCAAAAAAAAAAAAAAAAAAAAAGAAGAAAAAGAGAGUAACAGUAAACGAUUGCAAUGCCAAACGACGACGUCUGGAACCCUUCAACUUUAAGAAAUUGCACGCUGAGCAUAAAUCGUGGAAUUCCUCCCAGGUAGCAUCCUCUAGAGGAAGAGACCUUUAACCCUAAUCGCGUUGAAAGAAAAAAUAGAAAAUGCGUCUCAUAUAUUUCAGGGUGGAAAAGUGUAGUUUGGCAUAGGAAAGCGUCAAAGUGAUAAGAAAAUCAAAAUGCAAAUCUAAUCUAAUCGUCUGGAAAAAUGAGGUUUUUGGAGGAGGUUACCCGCCCGACGCCCGUGCCCGAAUCACGGGAGUUGGUGACCCAAUUGAAACAUUCAACGGAAAAGCUAAGGCCAAUUAAGUCAAUUCAAAGGGGCACAUUGUAACCGCAACGAAUAAUUUAGUGGUGGGAGAACGAAAAGAAAGCUGCCAUUCCAGAGAUAGAGAGAGAAGAACAUUGAUAGUUGUAGUAGGGGGGAGGACGGACUGCGCAAUGAAGAAUGAAGAGGGUUGAGGAAAGUUUUCUUCAACGAGGAGAGUGGUGUGUCUCAGUGUCUUUCUUUCUCAUCAAAACCGAUGAAAUGGAUCCAGACCCUAGCAACUUUCCUAUUCUUUCCUAUGUGAUGUCCAAACUCCCCAGCUUUGGGUCCUUAAGCGUCACCCCCGCCUCUGCCGACGACAUGGAACGACCAACGGCACGGACCCGGCAGCCGCAGAAUCCUCAUUUUGAGAUCACUGACCGCAUGCCUCAUCUCACAGAUCCCAACGUCGUAGUUGCCAUGCGGCUGGCCAUAGUGGACGUGGCGCAGACCCGAUCUCUGCUCAAAGCUCUCGGCAACCGUCCUGAUCACGAGACGGUGGAUACUGCUAAGGCCAAGCUGGCGGAAAUUGACGCUUUUCUAUCCAAGCAAUUGGAUGAGAUGAUCGUGCCAUCGCCGCGGCCUGUGGAAAAGGACGACGAAGGGAUGAGGAAAGAGGCGGAGAAGCAAAGGGAGUUGUAUAAAGCGGUGAUUGAGUUGGACGAGAUGCAUCAGGCGUAUGUGGUAUUGUUGAAAGAGGCAGAGCGGAGGCUGGGGAAGAUUUACGAUGUGGCUGUGGCUGGCGGUGAUGUGGCAGCAGCUCUUGAGGGAAAGGAGGAUCAUAUGAAUACUGGGGGGGUGAAAGAGGAGGAGGUGGUGAAUGAGGAAAUAGUAGCAAUUUUCAAAGAAACGCUGGAGAAAGGGGUUGAAAGAGUUGAUUUAUCUGGCAGGCAAUUGAACUUGCUGCCUGAAGCAUUCGGGAGAAUUUGCUCCUUGCUUGUGCUUAAUUUGUCCAACAACGACCUUAAGGCAAUUCCUAAUUCGAUUUCAGGUUUGAAGAACCUUCUGGAACUUUAUCUUUCUUGUAAUGUUUUGGAGUCGCUUCCAAACUCUAUUGGACUUCUGUUUAAUUUGAAAAUACUAGAUAUCUCUAGUAACAAGCUUACGAGACUGCCUGAUAGCAUCUGUCACUGCAGAUCACUGGUAGAGUUGAAUGUAAGCUUCAACAAACUCUCAUACUUGCCAAUGAAAAUGGGGUGUGAACUGGUGAACCUUAGAAGACUUUCUCUUCCAUUUAACAAGCUCUGGUCGCUUCCCACUUCUAUUGGCGAGAUGAAGUCCUUGUCCAUUUUAGAUGUGCAUUUUAACGAGCUCCAUGGAAUUCCACUUUCCAUUGGGAAAUUGACAAAUCUUGAGAUCCUGAACCUAAGCAGUAAUUUCAAUGACUUCACCCACCUCCCGGACACUAUUGGCGACUUGAUCAAUCUCAAAGAACUUGAUCUCAGCAACAACCAAAUCUAUGAACUGCCUGUUACAUUUGCCCGGCUCGACAAUCUUAUAGUGCUUAAGAUUGACCAAAAUCCUAUUGUGGUACCUCCGAAGGAGGUUGUAGAUGAAGGAGUUGGAGCUGUGAAGGCUUUUUUGGUAAAGAAACAACUUGGCAUGAUUAUGCCAGAAGAGCGACGAAGCAUGCUUGAACAAAAAGAUCGUAGUAGUGCUUCCUGGUUGAGUGAUGUUGUUUCAAGUGUUUCAGGAUAUUUGGCAGGCGCUGAAAAAACCGAACUAGACGAUUAUCUCAACCAGCAGUUAUGAUUUUUGUUUUUUA